GAUUUUUUUCUUUGCAAAAUAUGUUGUGGUUUGACAGGAUCCUGAGUGUGAUCAAUUUCUCCUUCAAGGUGCUAAUCUAAUUAACAUUAACUCUAAAUAUGAUUAAUUGAUUAAAUGUUUAAUCCCAUUAAUACUCGUGUUUGAAGUGAUUUGCUGGUCGGUAUCAGUGACAGUCUAAAGAGGUCAGCAUGUCCUCUAACUAAACUUUUACAUGAUCGUGUUCGGUGUGCUUUUAUUUUGUCACCGUGGCAGUCUCCUUCACGCAGUCAGUCAGGUGUUGCGUGGUGUGCUGUUUUGCGGUGGUUCUUCCAGCACUCCGCGGGCUGGCGUGGUGUGUGUGGGGGAAGCCUGGUGACUUCGUGUGUGAUGAGCUGGUAGUUUGAGUCACUUCAGCAGACAUGGAGCCCCCGGACUGGGAAGCCAUGAACUUCACGGUGGAGCCCGCGGCGCCGGGGUACCCCUUAUGUGAAGAGUGGAGGGACGGCUCGGAGGGCUCCGUGUUCCACCUCGCCAACAUCUUCCUCUUCUUCGGCUUCAUGGGGGGCAGCGGCUUUUACGGACUCCUCUACCUGUUCACCUUCCUGACUCUGGGCUUCUUCUGCUCCACGGUCUGGGCAUGGUCGGACCCCUGCACCACGGACUCUUUCCUGUGGAAUUUCGCGCUCUUCGGGGUGUGUUUGGGACAAGUCCUGCAUGUGUCCUACAGGCUGAGGAGCGUCUCCUUCGAGAAGGACUUCCAGGAGCUCUACCUCUGCAUGUUUAAGAAACUCGGGGUGUCCCUCACACAUUUCGGGAAGAUAGUAGCCUGCUGUGACGGAGACAUCCACACCAUAGAGCCGGACCACUGCUUCGCCAUAGAGGGAAAGACCGCGAUUGAUAAGCUGUCGGUGCUUCUGUCUGGCAGAAUCCGAGUGACGGUUAACGGAGAGUUUCUGCAUUACAUCUACCCGUUCCAGUUUCUGGAUUCACCUGAGUGGGACUCUCUCAGGCCGUCAGAGGAGGGCGUAUUCCAGGUGACCCUGCGUGCUGAUAACCCCUGUAGAUACGUGGCAUGGAGGAGGAAGAAACUCUACCUGCUUUUCGCCAAGCAUCGCUACAUAGCCAAAGUCUUUGCCCUGGUUGUGCGCAAUGACAUUGCAGAGAAGCUGUACUCCCUUAACGACAAGGCCUUCGACAAGGCGGGGCGCCGCUAUGAUCUCCGCUUACCAAGUUACUGUCACAUGCCGGGGACCGAAUUAGAAAAAGCAGAUGUCUUCCUGCAAGUGCCGGUGCAGGGUGAAAGGACUGCCUGAACGCACACACACACACACACACACACACACUGCUCCACUUACACACUUGACUGACUCACUGCAUGUAGGAACGAGUGUGAGGUGGGCAAAGUGUGUUAUUAUCUGCACCAUGUAGGGUAAAGGAGUGUGAAGUGAUGUUAUCUGAAAUCUGCUCUCAUUAUAAUCAGAUCUCAAUAUGCAAAUUAGGUUCGCAGAGCAGGCAGACUUGGUCAAGAAGAUACUCUCAAGGGGCUGCUAAGACAUUUAUUGGCUGCCUGGCUACUGUGGUAGCCUUGGUAACGGAGUCAGAAAGUAGCUUCAUGAUAGGCAGUUUGAGAUGGCAGGAUUAAACAGAUGUGUGCUAUAAAGCAGUUCAAUAUUUUGGACACAGUUAAAGAAAUUCAGAUCAUUUAUUUCUAUGGCACCUUUGAUGCAAACAUGCAGCAAAAAGUGCUUCACAGAGCUAAUAAAAAACAGAAAGACUGCUAUGAAUUGAAUCUAGAAAAAUAGAUAUAUCUCUCUCACGUGCAGAAACGGUUGUUUAAAAUGAACGGCUGCCGUUACAUUGUGUCCGCGCAUCACAAAGACCCUGACCUGUCCAGAAUGUGGAAACAUGCCGUAUCAGUAAAUCAUUUUCAUGUGUGUGAGCAGCCAACAGGAAGCUGGACCGCUCAGCCAGAGGAAGUCUUGUACACAUGAUCCAGUUAGACUUCUGUACACAUGAAAGAGAAGCCAUCUGUGGCUCUCUGGCCACAUUUGUUGAACUGUGUGCUGAUGUACCCAGCUACAACUCUUUAAACAUCCAUGUCUGUGUACCUUUGGUUGACCCAACACAUCCGUACAUACAGUGUUGUGUUCUGUGACUGUCACUGCUGUUUACACUGGCUUUUCUUUUGUGGUUCUCUCUGUAAAGCUGAAACUUGAUAAUAGGACUUAUUGAAAGUUAUGAUCUGGACACUAACAUACUGUCUGCACAGCUUGUAGCUUCUCUUAUAAUAUUGAUAUGAUAUUAUGAAAGUGUAUGUGUGUGUGUGUGUGUGUGUGUAAAUACAGGCUCUCGACGCUUCACAUUGUGCGGUCAGAGUGAACCUAAAGUCAAACAGCUGUCCAUAGAAACAAUCAUACUGCAGAGGUCUUAGGUGUGUUUACUGUGAUAUGGACAGAAAGUAGAUCAGUGGAAUAUUGUGCUCAUGUCAAAUGUGAAUAUUAAUAAGCUAACUGUGUCUGUAUGACUAGAAAUAAAUUCUCCUUUAUUGUA